ACACAUACUUCUGGAGCGCUGAUUAGAGACCGAAUAGUAUCAAAUGACAUUUUUUUGAUUUCUAUGCAGUGGUAUCAAAUAUACUAUAGUAUAUGUUUCUAAUUUGAUGUGUUUGAAUUUUUUCUUCCGAAUAUUUGAGACUGUUUAAUUGCUGGUACUAGUUUUUCUGCUUUUGAAUCAAUGAUUAGAUUCAAAUUUUACUUGUUAUAUAUCCCGUUGCUUUUCUAGUUCUAGCAAUUCUGUAAAAUUGAUAGCAUUCUUCUCUAUAUGUAAUAUCAGCAAUGCUGUUUUUUUCAUACUGUCUUUGAUGAACUUUUAUUUAAUUUAAUCUCUCAGGUUUAUAUUAUAAAUGUAAUUGUUACUAUAGUAACGACUAUUGGAACCAUGUCUUCACACAAGAAACGACCAAGAUUUGACAUUUUCUCAAGAAGCAAAACAAUGAACAGAAGUUUGAGAAUCAAAGAUAGAAAAAGACGAAUUUUUGAUCAGCAUGUUGGAAUCCAGGACAAGUUGGAGAAAGAAAUUAAACUCAGAGAUGGAGCAUCACGUAUGUUGGCGGCAUGUACUCACGAGGAUCAACUGCUCGAAGUUGCAAAGACCUUGCACACGUCAAAUGCAAGAAUGUAUUCAUACAUGGCCGAACUUCAAAAAUUAAAAACUGCUGAAAUUAUGGAAAGAGUGAUGGAUGAUGAAGGAAUUCAAAAUGAAUCGAAAGUAUGUUCAGGCAGAGUGGCUAUCUCUGACAUUAGAAUCCCAUUGAUGUGGAAUGAUCCUGAAAGAUACAUAGGAGCUAAAGUGAAAGAGGCCAGUAGAUAUGCUGUAUUUUGUUUGGUUCAUGUUGGAGGGGAAGUACAAGAUACUGAACUUGUAUGCACAGAUAAAACAACUACUGAUGUUGGAUUUAGAGAUGUUCUUGUAUUUGAGGAAACUGCUCACAACUUUAAAAUGGAAAUUGAAAUUCAUGCUUUUCCGAUGUCUGAAGGUUCAAUAUCUGCACCCACUCCACAGAAGUUGUUGGCAAGAUUAAAUAGGUCUAUCGGUAAAUCAGAAGGAAAAAGAAUAAGAGAUAGAUUGAAGGAAAGCCCAUCUGCCAAUAUGAACAUGGGUCCUCAAUAUGAAAAACUUGGAAAAUUAGCGUUAGAUCUCACAUCAGUUGAUGACCAUAUCAGAUCACAUGAUAUAACAAGAGUUGCUCCAACAGCAAAUAAUUCAGGAAGAUCAAAACCACUUUUACCAUUAUAUGGCAGUUUAACAUGCAGACUUGUUGCACAACCAAAAUGUAUCACGGAGAAAAGUAUCACAGGAUUUUUGCACUAUAUGGAAGUUGGUCAUGGUAUGCCAUGUUGGUCAUAUAUGUGGUGUGAAGUGAGAGCUGGUAAACUACAAUGUUGGUUAAAUCCUGAAGAUGUUGCGGAGAAAACUCCUCAGAAUUCAAUCAAUCUGAUUGCAUCGGAUAUAAAAAUUAAUGAAAUUGAGAAGAAUCGACAGAAGAGACCGAAUAGUUUUCAAGUUCGUGAUCUGGUUGAUCGACAUAUUUUUUCAUCCAGUUGUAAAGAUGACAUGACCAAAUGGAUCAAAAAUCUGCGGCAACACAGAUCUGAUUAUGCGGCCUGGAGUAUUGCCUGUGUACGUGAGAAAGAUGGAUCUGCUCCUAUGUAUAUUGCAUCACCUUCACCUUACAAAUCACCAUCUCAUAUGUUGUUCGAUGCAUCUGUCAGAAAAACAUUGAUCUAUGAGCAAAUGAGUAUUGAAUCUCCAACAAGCCCAGAUUUUGGAACAGUUGCAGUCAGUGACAUGUUACAGAAAGCUGAUAACACUCAAUCCGACUCUGUGGGAGUGGCUAUGGUUGAAGCCAACCAAUCAACACCUUGGGCAGGCUUGUUCAGUGGAGCGAUCAAUCGUUCUGUGAUGAGAGUGACAAAACUAAAAGAUGUUCAAAACAUUGAAUUUUCGAAUCCACAACCUGCUAAAAAAUCAUCAAGAUUGAGAACAAAAAGCUAUGAAGAUAAUAUAAGCACAAGAUCAGGCAGUGGUUCUAGUAGUUCUUCCAAGAACAAGAAAGAUCGUCAGAAGCCACCUAUUCCGCAACAUAGAUCUUUUGAAGAUAUGAAUGUCGUGAAGCUUCGUGUUAAAUCUCCAGCACCCACAAAACCUGCUCCAAAAAUUGAAGAUUUGAAGAGUUUUAAUUCUGAAUCUUGUUCUGAAACUGGCUUGAGUGAUUUUUGUCAAAGUUCUGAUGACGUCUUUCUAUCUUCUGAUGAAAAUAUUCUCAAUUCACCCACAAGAAGAAAAAAAUCACCACAAAAUCAAACGCCAAAUAGUAAAACUAAAGGAAGAAAGAAAAGAAGAGCUCCUCAACCACCCUCGUCAGCUACUCAACUUCAAGCAGAAACUGAUCAUCGUUCAAUGAACUUGCGAUCAAGAAGCAAAGCAAGUUUAUCAUCUGCAUCAUCUUUGGAUGACAUACUGGAAAACGACUCUAGAAAAACAACACAGCAUAAUUCAACAGAUUCAUUUUAUCAUCAUUUCCCACAACCUUCACCAAGACUACAAAGACUAAACGAUAUUUAUUCGCAAAAUUCUGAUCCAGAAGGAAGAAACAGUCAACUCAGUUUGAUAUCUAAUAGUACUCAGUUCUCAACUACGUCAUCAGGUUACAAAUCUGAUUCAGAAGGACUCGUGACAACUUCAUCUCGAGACAUAAUUUCUUCAAAGCAACGAGCAAGAUAUGAAGUCGAUGUUUGUGAACAACAGGUCAAAACAAACCCCAUUAAAAAGACAGGUGUGAAAGUUUUACCCACGAAUGUACCAUUGGGUAUCAAACUGACCCCACACAAAUUUUCGAGAAGCCAUUCAUGGGACGCUGAAGCAGUUUUACAUUCCUCUGAUGAAGCAACAAGGCUAAGGUAUAGUUCCACACCUUCAUCAAGUCGAAAUGGGAUUUCCAGUAAACCACCACCGCUUCCAAAACCUAAUUCAGUGCCAAGAAAACAAACGAGUAAAAACGACAAACUCGUUAUGCAAAUGUUGUCAUCAAAAACACUAGAAAGUCCAACUGGUUUGAGACCACCGUUUCCAAGACCAAUUCCGGCUCCAAGACGCUCGUAUUUAACUGCAGUUGAAUCAAGUAAAGUGGCUACUAAGGCUACAAGUUUAAGCGAUAUUCCUGGUUCUCCAGCAAUACGGAACAACACACAAGACAAUGAUUCAGACUAUGCGGAAGUGGAUGACAUAAUAUAUGCAGUUCCAAUACCAAAAGAGCUUCGCUCCGUUAAUAAUAACAACGCCGUCCAUUUGAAGGAAGAACCUGUCUAUGCAGAAGUCGAUAAAAGUAAGAAAAUUAAAAAUCGUGCAGCAUGCAAGAAUACGAAUGAAAAAUCACGAAAGAUUGGUGUUGACGCAUACACGAAAGCCCACAAAGCUAUCAUAACAGUAUGUAAACAACGUAUGGAAGAACAAGAAAAAAUAGAGAGAAAACAUAGCAGAUCUGAUGAAGAGACUGUUUAUGUUUAAAAAUAUUGGAAGUCUGGUUGGAGUUCGAAAUAUUCUCACAUCAUAAAAUAGGACUUUAACCUUUGUGGUCACCAAGCAUUAUUUGGGAAUUGGUCGAAAAAUAGAGUUUACAUUUUUAGACUCUCUCAAUUCAGAUUCAUAUUAUGUCCUUGAACAGGGCAGAGAUGAGGAGUAGUCAAAAAAUAGAUCUCAGAAGGUGAAAGUGAAUUAAACCCCUUCUUUGGAUAUACAUAAGCUUAUUAUGACGCUCGCUGUGAUUUUUACUUUAUGUCAACUGCUCAGUCGCUUUAGAUAAUAGUUACUAUUGUGAAUUUUGUAUACAUAAUAUCAGUAAAUACAAUUAGAUUUCGUAAAUGCAAAAUGUUUAAUGUAGUUUGAUAUGGAUUCUUGACUAUUGAAGUUAGUGUUUGUUUUGUGUAAGAUUAGUUUCUACCCAAAUACUGAUUUUUGUUUUUAAAAAAUAAUCUUUUUAUUGACUGGCUUUUAUUUUUCAUCGAUACAAGCCUCCUAACAUGCUUAUAUUGAACCAUGAGGGCUUUAUGAAAGCUGAAAAAAAAGUUUGAUUUGAGAUUAACUCCGAGAAGCAACCAAAAAAAAUUUGACAAUAAACUAGAAAGUUCUAAAACACAACCCAGGUUGAGACUCAAUUUCAAAACAUCUUUGUUUAAAAACUCUCACUAUAUUGAGGGUGCGGAUUUUUAGAUUCUUCCAAUUAUUUUGUAUGAUAGUUCCACGAUUUAUUUCUUUUUAUUAAUCAUGCUUUUGAUAGAGCAAACGUAUAAUUUCACUUGUGUCUUAAAUGUUUUAAUUAUAUAUAAGGGUGAUUGUUGUGCUGUCUUAUUUAACAAUUUUAUAAUAAUAAAAUGAAUGUAUUUCGUAAUUUCAUAUUUACCUAAUUUUUUUUUAAUCAUUUUGAAAUUCAUCAUGUUUUAUAACAAUUUGAAAGAGACAACAUUGAUGUCUCAGAUUGAUGUAAGCAGACUUUGUUUUCAUGUUUGAAAACAUAUUUUUUACAAACAAAUUAACGUAGUACUCUGCUAUUGCCAUAUGUCUAAUGUGUUUUAGAGAAUCAAACUAGACUUACAAAUUGUUUAGGAUUGUAACCGGGACUGUGGAGUUGUGGUUUGUCGUGUAUUCACUGUAGCCACGAUUGUAUUUUCAAACUGCCCUGAUUCCAGUUGGACUUUCCUAUGGUGACAACUGACAAUAGAAUUCAAAAUUUUCUACCAAAACUCAAAAAAGCAAAACCAUUAAGUUCACUAAGCGCUUUUAACAGUCUAUUGAAGAAGCCUUGCACAUGCCAAAGUUUUUUUCAGUCAUUAUGAGUCUAAAUCUUUUAUAACCUAGUGUUGGGAGUCUAAUUUUUCUCAACCCAGAUUCGAUCAUAUAUUUUCCUCAACUCCACAGCCCUGGUUAUGACAGAUUGGUCUAUCUAUUCGAAUUUCCAAAAUUUUAAUGUGCUGUUAUGUGACAAGGCAUGGUGCGAUUGCCGUGCUGCUUGAAUGACAAGAAAUAAAUAGGGUUGUUCUGAUCUGUAGAAGGAAGAACUGUUAUAUAUCAUCAAUCAUAUUGUGUCAAUGUUUUGCUUGCCACAUAAAUCUGCUUUUAGUUGCUGUGAUAGUCUGUUGUGCAGCUUGCCACUGUUUUGUCUCACAAUCAAAGCAAUUUAUUUCUUACCAAUCAUUUUCCUUCAGUGAUUCAUUAUCAUGGUUUUGUGGAAUAAAUUCAUAGUAAUAAAUACA